AUGCCGACGCCGAGUGACAACGCGUCUGUCCUGACUGCUGCGAGCGCGAUUGCUGAAGAAGAGCCCAUAGCACACGCGACGUGCCCGCCCGAGGUUGUCAGACAGACGACGAUUUAUUCAGUCGCUUCAGAGGAGCGCCAGCAACAAAAUGGUAUAGCCGAGCUCGCCACCACCACCACCACCACCGAAGAAGACACACAAGGCUCAGGCGAUGCUGCGCCGUUUGCGAUAGAAGAAUCCUCUCCGAAGACGAAAAAUCGCGACGAGGAUGCGUUUAUGACGACGACUUUGAGUCCGGAAAGCUCUCCUUUGGAGGCCAAGGAGGAUCAGUCUAGCAGCCCGACCGGCUCUGCGACGUCAUCCGUCGUCUCGUCUACAUCCGCCUCGUCCUCGCUCAACUAUGACUUCUCUAAUGUCCGGCUUUUGCCGAAUUACACAUCCUCCUUUUUGCGCUCCGGAAGCAGAUUCGAAGGCACUCAGCAGUCCGACUCCCAGGUUUACUAUGUAGACGUGGAAAUCAAACAUGUCGACAUGGCGGAAUCAUAUCUAUGCGGCUAUCUCCGCAUAAAAGGCAAGUUUUCUUUGUUUUUUUGUUUUUUUUUUGGACCAGAAACCCGAUUACCUACGAUCAUCGGAACGAAGCACACAUUUCAAACCAAAAACGAUACCUGGGGCGCCAAUGAAAAAACAGAUAUGCAGCACUGGGCCCGGUUUCCGGCAUGGAGGCCGUUGGCAAAGCAGGCAAAGAAGGCCAACUUUACCUAUCGGAAUUUCGCCCAGCGAGAGCAUCUAUUUAUGCGCUGGAAGGAGUAUUUCCUUGUGCCUGAUCACCGCGUGCGCCAGAUCACUGGGGCGAGUUUUGAGGGGUUUUACUAUAUAUGCUUCAACCAGGUGGAAGGGACCAUCAGUGGUAUCUAUUUCCAUGCGAAAAGCGAAAAAUACCAACAACUCGAGCUCAAACACGUCCAAGACCGUGGCUGUGCUCCGGCAAUUGAGUUUCGUUAA